AUGGCUUUCGAUAAAGUCACGGCGUCGCGGGCGGUGCUCAACCCGCAACUCGCGCCGCGUCUUGCGGAGUACGUGUCGCUGCUAGAGCCGGCCGCAGUCGCCGCGGAGUUUAAGCGGCUCGCACGGAUGCAGCGCGGAUGGCGGAAGCUGCAGUCAGACUGGCGAGGACGUCGGGCCGCCACAGAAGGAGGGGCAAGGGGAGCGGAGGAGGAAGUGGAGUGGGAGAAGCUGAGGUUUAAGAGGCGUGAUAGUGAAGGGAAGAGAAAAAGAGGAGUGCAGAGAGCUGAGGGGGGUGUGUGGGGGAGAGGAGGGUUGGGGGAGUGGGGCCUGGGAGGUCUUGAGGAGGAAUUGAUGGGUGCUGCUGCCUUGCGCAUGGUUAGAGAGCGGUGCAAAGGGAUGAAAGGGGAGGAGGGAGAGGAGGAGGAGGAGGAGGAGGAGGAGGAGGAGGAGGAGGAGGAGGAGGAGGAGGAGGAGGAGGAGGAGGAGGAGGAGGAGGAGGAGGAGGAAGAGGAAGAAGAAAAAGAAGAAGAAGAAGAGGAGAGGAUGUUAUUUGACGAUCCCAUGUUUCUCCCAGAGCUGCUCUGCCUGCUUCCAGCUCUGGCACUCAAGUGCCCCUCCCUCCUGCCGCCAGGUCUGGCUGUUCUCGGACUGCUGGCUUCAAGGCUCGGCCCGAGCCUGAUUGCAGCUGCUCGUUCCCAUGCUCACACCAGCAAUACUGCCUCCAUCGCCCCCUCCACUGCUCGUCUUACCGCUGCAAACUGGGCCUCAUGCACCUUCCGUGCAGCUUCCCUCGCCAUGGUCCGCGUCUGCCAGCUGUCCGCAGCUACUGCUGCCACCUCAGCAAGCAGAUCCACGGCUAAAUCUAUAGGUCCUGUGUUGCUGGAAGACCCUCUUGCGGUUCCCAAGGCGUGCCGGGCGGCGUUGCUGAGUCAGCACGUGCUUGCUGAGCUGGCAGUGCAGAUCACGGUGGAUCUGAUUGGCGAUGAGCUGGCGUUUUUCCUGUCUGCCCUGCCUCCUCUGUCCGAUCCCCUACUGGCCAAAACCAGUUUCUGGAGGUUUCUUAUAGCCCCUUACAGGCUGCCAGGCGGAAAAAUAGCAGAAGAGGAAGAAGAGAAUAUUGGUAGAGGGGAGGGGGGAGACGGAAAAGAGGAAGGGGAUGUAGUGAGUAGACAUGCAGAGCAGGGGGGGAAAGAGGGGGAGAGGGAGAGAGAAGCAGAGGACGUAUUUCUUCCAAGGAAAAGUGUUCUUGUGCAGUCGUUUCCGAGCCUCACUGCAUUUGAUCCUCUGGUGUUCUUCUCUCCAAGGGAGACCUGGGGCCCGUUAGUGUCACAUGCCCAAGGAGGAGGGGUGAAGGCACAAAGGGAUACAGCAGGGUCGAUGGGGGAAUGUGAGGAUAUGGUGGCUGUUGGGAGCCAAUCGGAAUGCGCCAUGUGGCGCGCCAGGGCGGCAUUGCUGCGAGGAGCAGAGGCAGAGGCGGAGAGAGUGGGUGUUGAUGUGAGGCUGGGGCACAGUGGGGGGCGUGUGGAGAGUUGGGAGUGUGGGGAGGGUGGGGAGGUUAAGGGUGAGGAUGAGGUUUCCAGGAAGGAGGAGAAGGAGGAGGAGGAAAAAGGUGGUGGUGGCGUGGCAGGGAGUACAGGGCUUAAGGCACAUGAGCGUCUGGAGGAGGGCGGCGGGGUGGUGGGAAGAUGGUCGGCGGAACUGUCACGGCACCUGCGGGUGUUUUGUCUGUUGUGCGGGUGCGGCGUGGUGAAGCUCGAGGAUGCUGCACGUGACAGCCUGGCAGCCAAAGAGGUGUCGUUCUGGCUGUCAGCAAUCGUGCAAGCCACAGCAGGAAACGGCGCCAGCACAUCCCAGCACAAUCAGCAUCAGCAUCAGCAUCACCGUCACCAGCACCAGCACCAUCAGGACCAGCAGCAGCACAGCAAGAAAGCAGGAGCUACACCCUCCCCUAUCUCUAAAGAGCUCGUGCUCCUCGCUCUCUCCCUCCUCUCCCUCAUCCCCCCCUCCCUCGCCUCCUCGCCUCUCCUCCACCCCCUCUACCUUGAAGCAGCACGUUCCGUUCUCUCAUCCCAUCUCGCGAUCAACCCAUCUCACGAUUCUGCACGUUCCUCCUCGAAGCAACCGCGAAACAAAGUGGCCGAUGGGAGUGGUGGGGCAGACGGAUGGGGACGAGGAGGAAACGAGGUGCUGGUGGUGUGGGUGCUGGUGCAGCUGAUGCUCAAGAGGCAUAAAUCUCUGGUAGAGCUCAUUCGGCAGACCCUGGGCUUCCCUGUGUUACUGAGCACCGCCUCUCUCACCCAUCUCGCUGAUACUGCAGUAGGGGGAGGAAGUCCCAACGGGAAUGCUAACAGCACUGCUGCUGCUGCUGCUGCUGCUGCUGUUGCGCCUCCUGCCACUGCCGCUCGUGAGAAUGCUACUUCUGCUGGCACUACCAAUGCCGCCACUACCACCGCUGCUCCUGCGAUAGUCUCUGCAGCAGGGGUGGUCAGAGCAGUGGCAGCGCUGCACCCACCGUGUGUUGCAUCCCAGCAGCUCUUUUCAAACCAAGCCCACAGUACAGUCCGAAAUUGCACCGGCCCAGUGGACAAACCAGCAGCAACAGUGCGAGCAUCAGCAUCAGCAUCAGCAGCAGUGCGGGCAGCAGAGUGCAUGCAUCUGCUGCUAGAGGCAGACCUCUUCGCCCUCCACCACAUCAACCCCACCCCGGCUCUCUUCCGCUGCCUCUACGCCGCUUCCCUCCCCAUCCACCCUGUAUUCCCUUCCCUCCUCUCCUCCUACGUCUCUGCCCUUGCUUCCGCGUCCCUCCCUCCUGCUCCACCCACCCCCGCCCGCACGCCAGUCUCCCACCCCCCCUCGGCCCACCCCCCGACGCACCCUCAUUAUUCUCUCCCCUCCUCGCACCCCUCCCCCUCCCACGCUUCUCCCUCUCACAUCCCCCGUUCCCACCCCUCCCCGUCCCGCAUCUCCCCAUCCCACCCCUCCUCCGCCCACCCAUCCCCCUCUCACCCCUCCCGCUCCCCCCACCACUCCACCUCCUCCCCUACCAUUCCAAACACCGCCCCCACUCUCUCUCCCCCCACCACAACCCCUCCCAACCCUGCCAUCCAACCCCUCUCUCGCUCUGCCCUCCUUCGUCUCAUUUGGCCGGCCUGUCUCCUCACCACCUCUGGAAUGCCUCACACUGCUCUGCUCUCUCCCCUCCUCUCCACACAACCUCUGCCCCAAGUGGCAUCUCUGGAACCUGAAUCAGGGUCAAAAACUGGUAAGGCGGGUGGGGGUGGUGGCGCCGGGGAUGACGUGGGUGGGGCGGUGGGUCGUGGCACUAGUGGAAUGCGGUUGGAGGAGAUGUGCUGGGGUGAGGAGGGGAGGGUGCUGGCACGAGGGGCGCUGGGGUCGCUGUAUGUGCUGCUGUGGGAGCGGGAGAUGCAGAGGAAGCGAGGAGCGUGGGGGAGUGGGGAGAAAAGAGGUGGGCAGGAGGCGGGAGAGAGGAGAGGGGCGCAGGAGGGAGGGGAGAGGAGAGGGACGCAGGAGGGAGGGGAGAGGAGAGGGACGCAGGAGGGAGGGGAGAGGAGAGGGACGCAGGAGGGAGGGGAGAGGAGAGGGAUACAGGGCGUGCCGGGCAAGAGAGGAGUUGCUGGGGCUGAAUUCGUGCUGCCAGAAGUGGGAGAGGAGUUCGAGGAAGGGGAAGAGGGAGAUGAGGGAGCAGAGGGGGAAAAUGAAGAGGAGGGAGAGGCGGGAGAAGAGGGAGAGGAGGAACGAGAGGAGGGCGGUGGUGGGAGUGGCAGGAUAGGAAGUGCAAGGGUGACAGUUGGAACAGGGAGCAGAGGAGCGGUGCAGGCAUGCAGAGCAGUGGUCAUUCAUGCCCUGCCAGGGCAGCAGUGGUGGCAGUUGCUGCUGCGUGCCGUGCCCUGGCACACCCUGCUUGCCACCUUUGAGCGGAGGUUCCUUGACUUCACCCCGCUCAUGCCUACUUGGCAGUCUCUGGCGUUUUCUAUGCUGCCCGACUUUCCCGGGCAGCCUCCUCGACUGCCCCUACCAACAAACUCCGACGCCUUUUCCCUCACAAGCCCUUUUCCUCCCCCUCCUCCUCUCCACACACUCGCCCGCCCCAAAGCCCUCCGCACCUUCCCCUAUCUCAACCUCCUCCUCCCACCCUCCCUCCCUGCCACGUCAGCACGCUCCACCACCACAUCAGCCCGCUCAUUAUCCACCUCAGCACGCUUGAUUGCUAUUCCAGCAAACGGAACAGCACCAGAUGACAGCCUGCCACACCAGCACGCUCUAGACAUCCUCUACUCUCUUCUUCACACCCUCCUAUCCCCAAACGCUCCCAACACUCUCAACAAUCUUAACACCCCUCCCAUCUCCUUCACUUCAAGCCCUGUGCAAGCAUUUGAGUGGAGCAUGGCUAAUUGCCCCCUUGCCUUAAACUCCAACCCCCAGCAGCAGCAGCAUGAGGAGUUUUGCAUUCUUCUCUGCGCUCUUCUUGAUGCCUGGCAGUUUCCCCUCUCCUUAUCCCUCUCGCUCUCCCUCUCUGCCUCCGAACCUGCUGUCAAAGGAGUCACGCAAAGGGGCAGGGAAAAGUUUUUUAGCGUCUCCCUGGCCGACGCAGGGUUUGACGUUGGGGAUUGGGCGGCAGAGCUUGUCAUUAUCAACAACCUGCUUUCUUCUCUCUUACAGUCACACUCGCUGCAAUCACACUCGAUCAUGGACCUGAGGGCUAUCCAGGUGUCAUUCUCCUAUUGGUGGAGCCGACUCCCCCCUCUGGGAUAUCUAGCUCUCAUGCCAGCUGUGGUCGAAGCGAUUCAAACUCAGAACUUCCCUCCUCCCUCCUCUCCAUCCCCCUUCUCCCUGUCGCCCUCACCCCCCCUCCCUCUCUCCACUCACUCCCCACCACCUCCACCUUCCCUCUCACCUCCUCGUUUCUCUCCUCUGGAACUUCCUCCCUUUCCAUCUUCCCCGUCCCUCCCUGUCCGUCCCCCCCACCCUCUAGACGCCCUCACUCUCCCCCUCCGCCUCCUCUCCUCCCACCCGCUCCUCUUCCGCUCCCCUCCCCUCCUCUCUGGCCUCCUCCUGCCAAUCCUGACGCGCCAGCUGGACGAUUUCCGCAGGGCGUGCGCUGCUGAGCUGGCAGAGGGAGCAGGUGGGGAAAACGGUGGGGGGGUUACAAAUGGUGAUGGAGAGAAGGGUGGGAAUGGUGGGAGCAGUGCCACUGCUGGCACUGCUGGUGCUGGCGGUGCGGCUAGAGGGGGAGCCGGAGCAGCGGAGAAAGGGGAGAGAGGCGGGGGAGGUGCAGGGAAAGUGGGGACACGGGCAGGGUCAGAGGAGGAAGGCAAAGGAUCCAAUCAGACCGGUCCUGGUGUGGGUGGUGUGGGUUUGGGUUUCGGUGUGGGGUUGGGGUUGAGCAAAGGGGUGGUGGCGAGGCUGGGGAAGCGGAUGAGCGGAGCGGAGGUGGAGAAUGGGGUGGUGGCGAUGGUGGGGGUGGUGGCUCAGAUGGCCCUGGAGAUGUGUGGUGAGUUGCAGGAGGAAGGCGAGGAGGAGGGGGAGAGGGUGGAAGAGAUUUUUGAGAGGCUGGAGGAGUUGGGGGGAGAGGAGGAGCAGGGAGAUGAGGAGCAUGAGGAGGAGGAGGGUGAGGAUGAGGGGGUGGAGGGUGAAGAGGAGGAAGUGGGGCAAUGGAGGAAGCAGCGUGAGCAACAAAGGCAUGAACUACAGAGGGAGCGGUGGCAGGCGGGGCAGCAGGGCAGGGACGUGCGAGCAUGCCAGGCCAUGCUCUUCGCCUUCCUCGACCGCCUCAUCGCCCAGCACCCGCUGCUGCUCCGCCUCCUCACCUUCCAGGUACCUUCCUGCCGCCGAGUUGAUGGCUUUUCGCUCACAUGUGUACCUCCCCUGGUUGCAGCCUCCCCAGCCACACGCUCGCUCCUCCCAGCACUCGUGCGGGAGUUGCUGCAGCAGCCAAUCAUGUCGCGCCAGCUCAUGGCCGUGGCUCUGGUGGCGGAGUAUGCUGUGUGCUGUAGCGAUGCACCCGACGCCCUGCCGCUCGCCUCCCAUGUGCUGCAUCUGCUCGCCCACACGCUCACCCACACAGCCGCUGCCACCGACUUCCUCUCCUCCGCCCUCCCUUCCGCCGUCAGAUGUGCCAUCGCCCUCCCCUCCCUCGCCCCCGCCACAGUCACACUCCUGCGUGACUGUACCAGGGUGGCGGGACCCCUGCUGCCCUACCUUUCCCCGCAAGUCCCCGCGCUCUUUGCAGCAGCGGAGGCAGCCUGGAGGGUCCUGGUUAGGAGCCUAUCCCGCACAGCCACCGUUCCCCUCCUGUUGCUGCAAUUGUCCUGA